AUGGCCAGUAUCAACGGAGAUCGGCCAGAUUAUGAAGCCCUGGACGGGGCGCAGCCUCGUGAAGGCGCUAUGUGGAGGGCAGGCGUGUUUUUCCUUACACAGAUAGUUGUGUGUCAAUUUACUUCAGAUAACUCAUCAACAACGACAGAAGAAAGCCAAACGGUGACGUCAUUCUACGCAUUCAGUACAGGCAUCGCUCCAGCCCCAGUUAUGCUCAAACUCGGAAACUCGACAAUCGAUAGCACCAAAUCUUUUAAAGUCCCACAACCUACACAGAACCCCGCGGAACCCACCAGAAAUCCUUCACAGGAACCUCCUGGGUCGACAACUGAGGUCCUGAAGAUCGACAUGAUACCCCAUGUUGUGCCAGCCAAGAAUACGUAUUUCGAUCAUGAUAGAAAAUACGGACCCACUUUUGAAGAUGCUGUCGAAGGGAAUAUUACAAGAAUUACGGUCCAGUUGGGAGAGGAUGCUCAUUUAAACUGUAGAAUCAGUCUUCUGCAAGAUAAGACGGUCUCCUGGGUCCGACGCAGAGGCAAGGACGAGAUUCCUGAAUUGCUGACAUUCGGAGCGGUGACCUACGCGGCUGAUCACAGAGUGACGGUCGCCAGGAGAUACCCUGGCAACUGGAGGCUGCUCAUCAGGGAGGUGAAACCUGAUGAUGAGGGGGUCUACGAAUGCCAGAUAUCCACACAUCCUCCAAGAGUCAGCAGAACUUAUUUACAUGUUAAUACUCCACAAGUAUGGGUGGUGGACGAAGCUGGGGCGCCACUACUAGAGAAGUACUACGAAGCAGAAUCGACCCUCGCGCUGGUCUGCAGAGCGCGGCACGUGGAGACGCCCACGGUGCUCAUCUGGCUCCAUGAAGGCAGGGCCUUGAAUACUGAUACAACUAGAGGUGGAAUAAGUGUGAAGACGGAGCAAGUUCCUGGCGGUGCGAACAGCCUGCUGCGACUCGCCCGCGUCAACAGCAGUGACGCAGGCAACUACACAUGCGCGGUGCGCGGCGCGAGGGCACACACCGUUUCCGUACAUGUCCUCAACGAAAGCCUCGCAGAACUGCAUGCUGGCGGCGACUGCCUCCAAAAACCGUCGACGAUAACGAUAACGACGUUAUUAAUAACAGUUAUACUGAUAACCGAACAGUCACCGUUAUUUUCAACUGUGAUUUUUUUAGCGGCCGCGGCGCGCGCCGCUUGGACCCAAGGUCUCCUAGACGAGCAUUUUGUCGUAUUGUUACCGACGUGAUA